UUUAAAUUUAGUAGGUAUGUGUUUGUUUGCGUGUGAACUAUGCUUUCGUGUUAACGACAAUAGGAGUAGUUUUAUAUAUUAUUAAUUGUGUUCAUGAUAUAAGAAAUUUAGUAAUCGACAAUGUGUUUGUAUAAUAGUGUAUACCUGCAAUGGAAACGGCGGCCACUUGUAAGUAUUAUGUGACAAAGUUACUUGGUAUAAGUCCUCCGAAACCGAACUGUGUGUACGAUAUACGUUCAGGCAAUGUCCGUAAUCGUGAGCAAAAAUCGUUGUUCCGCGUUUUCUACCGAUCGAAUGACAAACGUCGAAAACAACGUCAGAGAGCUAAUAUACAAGAAUCGUACGUUCCUUCUAUGCAUGCAGACGAAGUCGGUGCCAAAAUAGGCGAUGGUCGUGUACUGGAAGAAGACACGGUUGAGGAUAUUGAAAAGAAGUUCCAAGGAUUUCGGAACGUGUUUGAAAAAUGUAAGGUAAAGAAAAAGAAACCACGUCUGUUCAAUGUCAGUUCAGGAUUGCGAUUCACACUUGUUGCUAAUUCCAUGUUGAUGGACAGUCAAAAAAAAGCAAACGAAACUGCUAGUACAGCUAUUAAUACUGAAGAAAAUACCAUUGAAGAGGAUUAUGCUGAUGAGGAGGAGGAGGAGGAAGAGGAGGAUAAUGAUGUAGAAGAUGAAAACGAUAAUGAUGGAAAUAAUUAUAUAGCUGGCAAAGAUAUAGCAAUUGCGCAAAAGGAAGCGCAAAUCGUUAAUGAUUUAAAUGAAGAGGAUUUUUCUGAGUCCAAAUGUCCAAAAGAUGUAGCAGAUAAAGUGAAUUUAUGGAUCGAUAGUUCCGUUAAGCAAACGGAUGGAUAUUCUGAAGAGGAAAGCCUAUUUGUCGACGAAGAGGAUGCCGAUUAUUAUCAGUGCGUACAAAGUUGUGAACAUAGUACUUCCCGUUUAAACAGUGACUUGUCUGACAACGACGGCUCAACGGCAUUCGCACUGGAGGAUCAACUAGUCAGAGUGUUGGAAAAAAAUACCGAGCUAACCAUCCAAAAUACAGAUUUACACAAACAAGUAUUGCAACUUCAACAUGUGAAAAAAGGCUCCGGGCUGAACUCAGUAUCAGCCCGGGCAGAUGCCGAUCAAGAAAUAGAUGAAAUUCUUAAGCUUAUGCAAGAUGCGACUGAUAAAAAGAGAGCGUUGGAAAAAGAUUAUAAAGAAUGCGUUGUCCAGCUUCAAGAUAAGCAACGUGAAUUACAGACACGGCCAUCUAAUAUCAACUAUGCAGAGAAAACUAGACUGUGUGAACACAUUGAAUCAUUACAAUCUAAGAUUCGAGAGUUGGAAAAGAAGAUGGAAUUAGAGAAUGUAAAACAGGAGGAAUUACAGUUGGAACUAGAACAUCACAAAAAGUCGACACUAAGAACUUCGUACAAGUCUAUAGAUUUGGCUUUGAAUUCACCCUCAGAAUCCACAACAUCUAGUGUAGAACUAAGAUCGAAUUCUAUUAAUCAUUCUUCUUUACCUGCAUCAUUGGAGCACAUGUAUUCUACUGACCAUCUAAGACAACACAGAUUACAGUCUGCAGGAGAUGUAUUGGAAACAAUUAAUAUCAACAGACCAAGUAUUACGGGUAGAGUAUCUACUUUGCCAUCAGAAAUCGAUCGCAUAAUGGCGAAAAUAGACCAAGAUAAUAGAGUAUUAGCAGAACUAGACAAGACAAGAUCUACUAUAGUUGCCGGGGGUCCUGGGCAAACAGCACCGCUGCAUAAAGUCAAAAUAAAAAGUGAUAAAACGGAUUCAAACACAGCACCGCUUCGGUCGUGCUUGAAAAAACGCAGUUUGCCGACUGCUGGUGUACUUACACCAUCUGCGAGUUCAAUACAGGAUCCGAAUUAUGCCUUGGCUUCUGUACCACCGCAUAUGAAUUAUCCAUAUACAGAGCUUUAUCGCGUGGCCCCUGGUCAUCUUACACAGACAUAUCAACCCUUAUCCAUUGGCACAUCAGUGUUGCCAACCGUAGGACCGCUUACUACUACGACUCCAGCAUUGGAUACUGUCUUAUUGGCUACUGGACAGCAGUCAAGAAUUCAACCCAAAGGACGGAUUAUGCCGGCAAUUCCCAGCAUGAUCAAUGCUCAACAAGAUAUUGAUUACCAAAAUAACAUAAUUAACGACGCAUUAGGCUUAAGUAUGGAUUCGACAAAACGUAUUGGGGAAAGGCGAAUGCCAGACAUGUUGGAUAUACCAGGAAAAGGACAGUGUUAUGUUUAUUGUGCGAGGUAUACGUAUGACCCUUUCUAUUGUUCACCUAAUGAAAAUUUCGAAGAAGAACUUCCAAUUACCGCAGGGGAUUAUAUUUUAGUGUGGGGUAAUAAAGACGAGGUACGUUCCAGUAUUAUUAUCAUGUUUUAAAUUCUAUUGUAAAUUCUUAAAGUUUGAAAAUUUUAUACCUAGAA